AGUCUCCAAAUGCUGAAGUCGGAUCGUUAAUUAAAAAACGUUGAGCAAAACAGACCGGGAAGUGGCAGAUGUUUCCUUCUUCCAGCGUUUUUGCUGAUAUAAACUGCCCCUUUUCACAACACGGGCGUUGUGAGCGGCCUCACUGUUUAUACAAACAUGCCGCAAAACAGGCGCGGCAUUGGUUUGGUGUCUCAUAUGAAUCAACGAAAAUGGACUUAACAGAAGGACAGAGUCCCUAUAAGGCCUGUGGAGAUGACUGCCUUCAUGAGCUGGAGCGGAUCAACAAGGAGAUUGAAACUGUAAGACAUGAGGUGGAGCAGGAGCAGAGACGGCUAUCGCGCUACCAGACGGUACAGGCAGACAGCAGAAACAGCACACCUGCUUCCAAGUGUGAGUCUGUAGGUAAAGAUGUAGCCAGAGGUUCUUAUGGGCCGCCGCCUCACACAGACCUGCAGCACCAGCGUAGAAGGAAGUACGUGGUUGACAACUCGAAACCGAGGACUGAUUUGGAGUAUGACCCCCUAUCCAACUUUUCUGCAGACUUACUGUCUUUCAGCUCAUCGGGAAAGGAGCAGAGGUUGAAAAGCAGAAAAGGAUUGAAAAGUGCAGGAAACACUGUCCCUUGUGGUGAUCGGGAUCCGGAUGCGUAUCAGGCUCCGCUUUCCCGAUCACCGUCUCCAGAGCUGCUCGAUGACUCUUCUGAAGGUGAAGACCUAAUUAUUGAUGUUCCUCCUUCGCCUGACAAAACGGGAGGUCAGAAAACUGCUGAGUCUGUAGCAGGGAAAUCCUCCCGGGUGAUCACAGAGGAGGUAAAGGAGGACAAAACAGAGCCUGUAUUACCUGAUUCUCCGUCGUUGCACUAUACAAACACUCUGUCUGCAGGAGAUUCAAAUAAAGUUCAUUAUUCUGUUGAAAACAGUCAAGAUUUAAAGACUUUAAGUGCUGACAAACUUAACAUAAUUGACUUAACUGGAAGUUUAGAAGACCUUGCAGCUGAAUGUCAGAAAAUUACUGCAGCAAUAGUGGAGAAGAUUCCUGAACAGCAGGAGCACAGCUGGAACAAUCCUCAGUGUAAGCUGGCCAGUAUCGCCGAGAGAAUGAAUCCACUGAAGACACCCAAGAAUUCGCUUGUCUGCGAGUCUCCAGCUGCUGACUCAUCACACAGGCAAACAGCUCAGGACAGAGUUCAAAGCCAAAGGCUUUCUGAAGAAAGCGCACCCUCACUGGUGACAGGAAGACAGAAAAAUUCAAGCGAAAUGCUCGGACAGACUCGGGGAAAAGCUGCCGUCAGUCAUAACUCAACCCUGGAACCGGCUUCAGGCAGCAGCCAGUUUGAGGGUCGGCGUGUUUUGCCAACAUCUGUCAGCUCACAGCCCAGAGCUGACCCAUCAUUGGAGCAGAAUUUGGUGAGAGCAGAUAAUGAAGAGGUUAUAUUAAUCAACUCCAGCUCUGAGGAGGAGGAGGAGGACAAGCUUAACUACUCAGAAAUGGAGCUCUCUGACAGUGACCCAAUGGAGGAAUGCUACAGGAUCUUCAUGGAGGCGAACGACGAGGAAAAGGGAAAUGAAGAGUGUCCUGGUGCACCUACUGGGGCUGCGGAUGUGGAGAAGAUGGAGGUAAACGGCACUUCCAAGGGAUUACCAGGAAGGAAGAGGGUGGCUCACGAAGCCAAACAUACAGAGCAGCCAGUAGCUAAGAGCAGGCCUCAGCCGCAGGUUUUGGUUCCCCUCCGAGAGCCAAUAACAUCAGGAUUUGGCUCUAGGCGCUCUGUCAAUUCCAAAACCCAGCAGGUCCAGCAAAGAGCCUCCAUGCUGACUGCUUCGGUUAAAGGUGGUCAGGCUUUUGUUUCCGCCACCUCUCAGAAGAAACCAGAGACCCAGCUUACGCCUUCUGCUCUGACUCAAACUCCUGAAACCCUGCAGCCUGCUCCUGUGCACAACGCUUUUGUGAACUAUAUACCUUUGGGACCGGCUGUAAUCGAGGUGGGCAACAACUUGCACUUAAUCCUUCCAGACGGCGCCUUCCCAGUGCCCAUUUCUUCCAGUUCCAGUCCUGUUACUCCAAUUUUAACUCCAAUCAGUCAGGUUCACACAAGUGCCCUCACUGUCAGACAAACACACCAUCCACCUGCAGUUACUCCUGUGCAAAGAUGCCGCCCGGCAGCACCAGUGCUCAUUCCCGCUGUGGCACGCAAACCUUUACUAAACUCUUCUUUUACGUCAGCAUCUUUACGUUCCAGUUCAGCUGUUUCUGCUGUUUCUCAAAGUGCUGUUCAGGCUUCUGCAAAGCUGGUGCCUGCCAAACGAAAACUGAAGCAGCAGUGUGAGGCCGCCAAAGACAAAGUGCCCCACGAUGUCCGACAGCGUUACGUCAACAUGUUCACUGAAGAGUUCCUCAAAACGACACCCAAUGUUAAUGAUGCCUUUGAAAAGGCUCUUGCUGAAGAGAAGACUGUGUACAAUCGUAGUGCGAACAAACUCAAAUAUAUGAGCGUUGCAGUAAACGCACUCAAGAGGCUAAAGAACCAAAGUGCUGUUGCUGCUAAAGAUGAAAACAAAGUUUGCGGUCAAAGACUGAAAGGUAACAUACCUCUUAACCCAAAGAAGUUGAAAGGAGAUGCAGAUGACACGGCAUUGUAUGAGAGUCUGAAGGAUUAUAUUUUGACUGAUGAGAAGCUAACUGAGAACAACUAUCCCAUCCAGCACCCAGAGAAACAUGGUUCUGCUGUUCUUUUUGCUGACCAUAAGAAAGUUAACGCAGACCCACUGAAGAGGAUCUGCUGUCGCUGUGGUGCUACGUACUCGGUGAGCCAAAGUGGCAAACACAUUCGCAAGGAGGAAUGCAACUACCAUUAUGGGAAAGGAGUUGAGAACAGAGUACCAGGUGGAGUGGAAACUCGCUACAGCUGCUGUCAGGGAGUCAUGGGAGCCCCAGGCUGUCAAGUGUUCAAGUUACAUGUCCAUGAUUCUCUCAGCCUGGAUGGGUUUGUGUCCACCGUCCCCAGAUGUCCCUCGGACACGAGCUGUCCCAGUGUCUAUUCCUUGGAUUGUGAAAUGUGUUACACUGUUCAUGGUUUGGAGUUGUCCAGAGUGACGGUGGUCAACUCGAGUGUGCAAGUCGUAUACGACUCCUUUGUCAAACCUGAUAAUGAGGUUAUUGACUAUAACAACAGAUUUUCAGGUAUUGGGGAGGAGGAUGUGAAGGGUCACCACACUUCUCUCAGAGAGGUCCAAGAGACCUUGUUGAGCUUCAUAAAUGCCGACACCAUUCUGAUUGGACACAGCCUGGAAACAGACCUCUGUUUACUCAAGCUGCUCCACGGGAUGGUGGUGGAUACAUCUGUGGUCUUUCCCCAUCGUCUGGGCCCCCCUCACAAGCUCACCCUCAACAAGCUCACAGCUGAAUACCUCAGAAGGAUCAUUCAAGAGAGUGUUUGUGGCCACGACACUGCAGAAGAUGCUGCUGCCUGUAUGGAGCUGAUGCUGUGGAAAGUUAAAGAAGAUGGAAAAUCAAAAAAAAUGAUGGAAAUAAAAUAAUUUAUCUGCUGUUCAUACAUGAAACAUAAAACAUCAGUUUGUGGGAAACUGUCAGGACACGGAGGGCUGUUUGUUUUUCUCACUUGAUUUCUCUUAAUAUGAUCUGUGUGUAAAACUUAGACUUGGAGCCUUUCUUCCACAUCUGUAUGAAUGCUUAUGGCAUGUACUGCUAAGAUGAC